AUGAGUGCAACGACAGAUAUGAGUAUGUCAUUUUGGGUUCGCCCCGUGAACCAUGAUGAUGAAACACACAAACUAUUUAUUACUCGUCUUGUUUUUAUUGAUACUGCAGAGGAAACUGAACAGUGGCUUACACGUGUAAGAAAACAGUGGGGAUCUAAUCGACCUAUUGCUGUCCGCGUGAUGAACGAGGCGGAUCACUUAGGGGCUACAACCCCUAAACCAGUUUCUAGCAACGGUGGCUGGACAGGUGUUAGUUGGAAUGAUGAUGCUACAGGUAUUGAACUCCCAAAUAAUGAAGGAUCAUUGCUUGUAUUGGAGGUCGUAGGAGGUGAAGACGGACGUGUAACGUACGGGGUAGGAAUGCUUAAUAUUGCUGCUGCAAUUUCAGAAAAGCGUCAAUAUGCCAAAUACUGUGUGCAUCUUUUUCCUACUCAGACUACUAUCGAUUCUAAGACAGUAUAUGCACUUUUGGAAGUAGAAAUACGUAGCAGUAUCUGGGAUGGACGUCCAGAUGACAGUUUCGCUCCAUUGGAGUAUAACUUUGGGUCUGUUCGUGUUUCAACAGUAGAUUUCUAUUUCCCUUCAUUUCUCCUUACCGGUGAAGGAGAUUAUGUUGUUUCCAAUGUUAUUUGUGCAAUGAAUGUGACAGAAAACAGCGCACUUGCAAUGCAGUUAACACCUCUGCUGGAUGCACGCAAUUACAUAACAGUGGAACCGGCACAGGUCAUUACGGUAAUGCCUCAACAGCGAGUAUAUUUUAGCGCAACUUGGAAUGUCACGGAACGAGCAUGUUUAAAGAAAUUAAAGGUACAAUUAGUUGUUAACGGAACACAACCUCCCUCCGCUCCCAUCCUUAUUGAUGUUCACCAUUCUCCUCCACAACCGAAGGCUGUAGAUACACCUUAUCACUACUGGUUAAAUACGGCAUGUGUCACAAAUAGACAAUUUUCCCUUACACAAGAGUUCCCACUGGUGGUUUCACUUUUACCUAUUUUCCGAUUCGUUUCAAAUGGUCGGGCUUCAGAAUUAGGAACUGAAGGUUUUAUUGUUGCUCUUGAUAAGGACAAGGGAGAAAAUGUGCUAGUACGUGCAGAUGGAGUUCCUAUUGUUAGCGCAUUAAACGCGAUGAAAGCAGCCCCAUGGAUGGAUUCUACCCUGGAAAGCCUUUCCCUUUCUCAGGCAAGCAAUAAUACAUGGAUGUUGCAGAAUACGGGAAGACAUAAUUAUUUAUCUGACGGACCUAUUCUGAAUAUUUUACAAAAGACAUGCCAGUGUGUUAUUCACCUUGGUACCAUUCGCGGAUUACCAAUGGUGUAUGAGGUUUCUACAGGCGUUUCUCCUUCUUUUCAGGUUAGUAUAACACUGCUAGAUCAACUGGGCUGGCAAGUGGUAGUAGGUGAAACAAAACCCAGUUAUCAAAGUACAAGUGGAAGCCUGAGAUGGGAUGAUCAGCUCGUGUUGCGAAAGUGGCCUGGAGCUAGUUGCAAUCAAUUUAUACGUCUAAACCUCACGGAGGUGCGUCCACGUGAUGGGGAUGAGACGCCUAUAGGAGCUGCCCUGGUGUCGCUCUGUCGCCUUGAUCGAACACCUGCAGAAGUGGGGAUACAAUUAGCUUUCCAUGUUUAUGAGACAUAUUCUUUGUAUGAUACACUACACUCGUCAAGUCUGCUUAUGAAAGAUGCGUAUAUCACUUUUUCAGAGCUUUCUAGUGUUGUAUAG